UUUCUGGAUCCACUUUUAAUUCAAGUGAAGUGCUUCAUCAUUAAGCUCUCUUCAUUUGGCAGGAUUAAUAUCACAAAUUGGAGAUGAUUUAAGAACUUGCAAAAGUAUUAAUGCUGUUGUGCAGUUUGCCCUUGUUCACUAAUGGCCAACAAAGUGUGUGCACUCGACGAACAACAUCAACGCAGGCCUAUCAGUAUUAUGCCGAGGGAAGCUAUCAAGUAUCUUAUUCCUGUGGUUUUCUGUGGCUGAGCACAUGUUACCGCUCUUCCUACAAUUCACAAGUUCGAUACGGUACAAAAUUUGUGUAUGAUCUAGAAGUUGUUUGCUGCAGUGGAUACAGCAGUGUUGGAGGGGAUUGCUUACCAACAUGCCCCAACUGCCCCUAGUCCCACUCAUGUCUGGCACCUUAUUUCUGUGCCUGUUCAGAGAACUGGUCUGGUGAAGGAUGCACAGGUGAACACGCCACUACUGAACUAUCAAACUGUUAUACCUACUAAUUUCUUGUUCAAAGCAUCCACAGAAUGUGGCUCUCACAGCAACUGGGCCCGACACACUGCGGUUCAGUUGGUCACCACCUCCACAGUUUCAGGCAACUCUCUAUGUU